AUGAGAGAGGAGAGAGAGAGGCAGUUGGAUAAAAUUGGAUUUUCUGAAGGAGAGAGAGGAGAAAAUGGACAGAUUAUAUUGGACCCUAGCAAGCUAGAAGAGCAGGUUAUGAGAUUCAUACCAUUUAGAAAAGUGUUGCCGUUGGCCAUGUCCUCAAAGGAUGCAGAGGGGGCGUCGCUGCCAGAGUACGGCUUCGCCAGAGGAUCAUCAUUGUCUCCGGCAAAAAGGCCUGCCAUCGGAGGACAUGGUGGUAGUCUACCCUGCACCUCACUUCGCAUCUCAACUCUACCUGUCUGGCCGACGCCGUCGUUCAAUUGGGAGUUGGGGCCGCCGGCGGCCAUGACCCGGUGCAUCUCUUGGCCGCCGCGCCGCUGUUGCCUUGGCCGGCUGGGAUCGAUUGGUGGCUGCAUCUGCAACCCUUUCGCGCCGCCGCCGAUGCUUGUUUUCCCCUCUGGGCCUUCCUCGAACUGA